AUUAAAAUAAUUACCCCAAAGAUUAAGGGGCAAAACGAAAUUACCCCAAACUUUUAACAUUAAACGAAAAUGCCCCAAAAUUACGAAGAGACGAAAAUGCCCCUCCACUCAAAAUACUCCAUAACCACGCGCACAAAAGCCAGACACACGAAAACAGUCCGUUUUGAACUCACGUUUCGCGCACUCGGCAACUCCGACUUGAUCCGACGAUUUUUCCGACUUUUCCGGCAACGACGAUGGACAAAAAGGUAGCUGUACAAAAGAGGAAAAGAGACGAAAGCAAAGAUGAACUGCGAUUUCCUCUCGAAAAACACUUCAAGGCUCAAGUUACUACACGUGGAUAUAGAGAUAUUGGAGCCGUGAUCAAAAAAUUAUUAACAGAGAGACAAUUACAAAUGUUUCGACGUACAUGCUUCGGACACUUCCUAGAGUUGAAGGAUAGUCGAUUCAGUGGGGUCCUAAUACAUUCCUUCAUCCUUCGAGCGGUAAAUAAGGUGACUUCGGGAGAGGAGUUAUGGUUUCGGGUUAACGACGUGGAUGUCAGAUUCAGUGCGUAUGAGUUUGCUAUUAUGACAGGCCUUCGAUUUAGUCAUUUGGUAGAUAUCGACCUCUACAUUCCAUCGAAGGCUACAGAUCGGAUCCUCCAGACAUAUUUUCACGGCUGUAAAUCAGUUACAUAUGCUGAUUUGAGUCGUGUUUUCCAGCAGAGACCGUGGGGGGAGGAUGACACUGAUGCAGUUAAGUUGGCAUUGUUGUUUUAUCUUCACAUGGGGUUAUUAGGGAGUGACUUGAGGAAAACAAUUCCCCAGAAGAUAUUACAAUUAGUUGAUCAUCUGGAUGGGUUUAAUGCAUACCCGUGGGGAGUACGAGUGUGGCAGAUGACAUAUCGCUCUAUAUGCGAUAACAUCUCCCGAAUUUCUAUUGAUUCCGGUCCGAAAAAGAAAAAGGAAAAUCAGCUUAAGCAGUAUGGCAUUAUGGGAUUUCCAUUAGCGUUUCAGUUUUGGAUUUAUGAGACGCUGGACUCGUUAUUUCGAUGGGUAGACGAGUCGCCGUAUAUUGGAGCCGCCCGAAUGUUGAGAUGGCACACGAAGGACAUUCCGGGAUGGGAUUCUAUCUCAGCUAUCUUCACUGGAGAUCCAGAUGAUGUUAAUUUUCCAUUAGAUUUAUCUCCUGUUGAGAGAGAUACGGAGUGGUAUGAGGAUAUCAUCCGAUAUACAGGGAUAUCGGAUAGUCGAUCUUCUUCGGCUUCAGGAGAUGCACCAUCGAGUCCUCGUGACGUCAGUUCUCCGAUCGUUGCUCCUCCUCCUGUUGAUGCUUCUGUUCAGCCCCCUCCCACGUGCCCGAUUAGCGACCCUAUCGAGGAGCUUAUAUCACCGGGUCCCGGGCCUAGGCCCGCUACCACUGAGCACAUAUCAUUACAUUGUACCUAUGCCCUGGAAAAUAUGCUCGUGCCCAUCGAUCAAAACUCACUUCAUGCAAGUAUGCAGUUGCCUCAGGGUGCAAACGGGACAGUGACUUCAUGA